AUGUCUGAUGGGACAGCAGGGACACCAGGAAGAGGUAUGUAUAUAAUGUUUUUUUUCCCCAAUAGUUGGUCUUUUAAAUAUAUAUACUUUUUGCCAUACACGCAAGUUUGUCUGAUUAGAUAAACUACAGUAUGCAGGUAACUAGUAUUGAUGGGUGAUCCGUCUGUUCGCCCAUGUUUAUGCACAGAUCUAUCACACAAACUACAGUAUCUAUCGUUUUGCCCAAAUUGUCGUUUAUAAGUGUGAAUCAGGGCACUUUAUAAAAUAAUACUAUAAAAAGUCAAAUGGCUGUUUGUGGUCAUACAUGUUUGUGGCUGGGGCGGAUCUAGGAUUUUUCGUACCUCAGCCAACAUUUGGGGGGGGGGGGUACCUUUGACUGGGGGGUGGUGGUUGCCAAGCAAAUUAAUGUGUCCUGUUUACGAAAAAAAUUUUACGUGAAAAAUUAGUGUUUCUCCCAAUGUGAAGCAAACGCGUUUAAACAUCCAAUUCUUAUCGCAAAAUCGAAUGACAAGCAUGAAUUGACGUUUUAAAAAUUGUUAUUCAAUUGCAUAUUUUGUCCUUUUACGUGGAUGGUCAAACGAUUUUGCAAUUAGGAUAUCGGUAUUAAAUCAAUUUCGGUAUAUCGAUACCGGAUAUUCAACCAUACCGAUAUACCGAAAUUUCCGAUACUGUAUAUCACAAUAAUGAAAGCUAAACUUGAUGGCUGUUAUUUUUUUCACAAUUUUUUAUGGCUGUAAAACAAUUUCUUCCAAUAUUUAAAAAUGCAAUAUCAUGAUAACACAGUUACACAUACAGUAGCUUUGAAAUACAGUCCCAUACCAACUUAAACUAUAUUCCAUGUCUUAGGACGUCUUCACCCAUGCAAUUGUCUGCAGUGACAUGGUCAGCAGAGAGAUAGGCGAACAAUAAGAAGACAUUUCUUAAGUGUUAACCCUUAUACACAAGGUGAUCGCCAAACUGGCUGUUCUGAUAGUUUACCUCGAGCUCCCGGUGAUGCUGACCAUGCAAGUUCAAAUGAUAAUGAAACUAUAUCUGAUGCGUUUGAGAACAUUCAAGUCGAUGGUACAGAACCUUUGGCUGGCAUUCAGUUUGAAGGGGAAUAUACUACUGAGCAUUUUGAGCUAGAUGAUGGUAUUCAGCAAGACAAUGGUGAUAUAAAUGAGCAAUCCAGUGAUUCAGACAGGAAUAACAACAUCAGUUCUCAGGGUAUUAAAAACCUGAUUCUACGUAUUUUAGAGUCAAAAGUAAAAAAUGGUUGGUCACAAGAAGAAACCCUAAAGGAAAUACGAAAUAUUUAUGAACUGCUUCAAGAUGAAAGGAUUCCUCAUCAAUCAUGGCUGUCGGUGAUACAUUUCUUGAAAAACCUUGGUUACAAAGAUCCAACAACGUAUAAAGUAUGUAUUAAAUCAAAUCAUGUCACAUUAGUGGAGGAUGAAAAUUGUCCUGAUUGUGGAACUUCAAAAAGUACUUGUACAGACUAUUUUGUGCUGGGUUUACAAUUGGAACACUAUUUCUUAAAUGAAUCUGUAAUCCUUGAUCAUUUGAAACACUGGGCAAGGAAAGAAGAGUGGAUGGGUGAAGCACAAAUGAAGUAUAAGGAAAUUUGGCAUGGCGAACGCUUUAAGGAACUCUCCUACUUUUGGGAUGUUAACAUUGAGAAAGUGUUGCCAGUUUGCUGUCCAAAUUGUGAUUCUAUUAUAUCUGUAGGAGAAAUGGCAGCUUUUGUACCACCAGGAUCCACACUUCAUGACAAAGUAAAACUGUAUAUGUCAUGUAAAGAUUGUUUGUUUGAUUUUGUUCACAUACCAAAAACAAUGAAAGGGUGUCCUUUGAAUAAAGCUUUUAUUUUCCACGAAGAUGGCUUCAACGCCUUUGAAAGGAAAAGUCGAGGUAUGUCGGCUAUUCAUGUUUCAAGUGGAUGCAUCAGCAAGGAAAAAAGAUCACAGGGGAAAUAUUUGAGAGUGUAUAGCUUUGUUCCAUCUGUUGUACUUCCAGAAGGUGUUCAUCAUAAAUUAGAUGCUUUCUUAAAGCCACUUAUUGAUGAAGCAAAAGAACUGUAUAUCAAUGGCAUCAAUGUGACAAUUGAACAACCACCUCGCUUAAAGACUGGGGUUUCUAUCCAGCCUGGAAAUUACCAAGUUAGGGCACUGCUUUUGCUUGGUACAGCAGACAUAAAAGGUCAUCAGGAAAUGAUAUUGUAUGCAGGAG